GGCAUCACUUUCCCCGCAUCGACCUGCUCUCCGUCCGUCCGUCCGUCUGUCCUACAGGUGCAUGUCGGCUCGCUGCCUCCUCUUUUACACAACAGAAAGCUCUGGAUGACAGGCGGGGGCUGCGAUCACUUCAGCGUUUACUAUGAGUAAACGGGACUGGGAGGAAAACAACACGCCGUGGUGUUAGCAGGAGCAGGUGCAGCUCCCAGCGCUGAGACUCUAGCCGGAUAUCGAUCACCUUUAUUAUUAUUACAUGUCUGGGAACCAGCAACCUUUGAGCUGCUCGAGGGCUCGGCGUGUGUAGAGUCUGCUGAGAAGAGGAGAGUAUCAUCUGUAAAAGACUAAAGUUCUGUACUGGACACAAGCAUGGCCUUGGCCCAGCCAGAGCAGUCCAGCGUGCUCCAGGAGGAGCUCACCUGUCCAGUUUGUCUGGACUUGUACCGUGACCCUCACUUGCUUCCUUGUGGGCACAACUUCUGUAAGGUGUGCCUUGAUCGCCUAAGGCGACAGGCGGAGCGAGGCCGGUUCCGUUGUCCGGAGUGUCGCGAGACCCACCGCUGUGGCACCAAGUUUCAGAAAAACUUCAAACUAGCCAAUAUUGCUGAUGACUACCGCUACAGGCGCAGAGGCACCACUACGGCCGCCACGGCUUUAAAGUCUAGGGAAUUGGCGUCAUGCGCUCUGGGAGCGCAACAAGUCAGGGGUGUUUUUGCUGUUCCUUGUGACUACUGCCCCUCGGUGGGCGCCGACGCAUCAGCCAUCACGUCUGGAGAAGGAUCCUCCACCUCCUCUGCUCCUAAGGAAGAGGCUGACAAACAGCAAGCUGCAGCUGCAGCUGCGGCUGCAUCGGUGCUUGCAGUCAAGACGUGCCUGAAGUGUGAGGUGUCAAUGUGCCAGGAACAUGUGAAACCACAUCUGGAGCUGCCGGCGUUCCGCGAACAUCCUCUCACGGAGCCGAUGAAUGACUUCUGGAAGAGGAAAUGUCCCGAGCAUGAUGAGAUAUACAGAUACUUCUGCAUGGAUGACAAGAUGUGUGUUUGCAAUGCCUGCACCAUAGAGGGAUUUCACUCGGGACACAAAAUCAAGACCCUGAAAAACACGAUGAAAGACCUCAAGGGCAACCUGGAAAAGCAGUUGUACAAGUUAGAAAGGAAGCGCAGCCUGGCAGAGAAAAAACUCCAGGAGCAGAAGGAGAAGGAGAGACAGAAUAAGAAGUUCAGGGAUGACACGGAGCAGUGCUUGACCACACUGGGGGAGGAGAUGAAGGCCAAAGUAAACCACUUCAUCACCAGACUGCGAGAUUGCACGCACAAUCAAUGCGACACCAGCGGACCAAUGAUUCAGAAGAACAUCUCCAGGAUCUGUCAGGACCAAGCUCGUCUCCAUCAAGUUCACUCUGACAUCGAAAGCCUCUUGCAGGAAGGCGACCCUUUUCGAUUCAUCGAGGCAUACAAGACAACUGGAAAACAGUGUCGUAGGCAGCUGAGGAAAGUUAUGUUCUACCCAGAGUACGUGGACAUGGAGACGGAAGUCGUUGGCGUGAUCAUGGAGGAGGAGAUGAGAAAAUUCCUUGAUGAAGAACUACCGUGUCACAUUGUUGCUGCCAUCAAUUCCCUGUGUCAUCUCUCGGAUCCCGAGGAGGAGGAGCAGGAGGAUAAUGAAGAGGCUGCAGAGGAAGAUGAUGAUGACGACGAUGACGACGACGAUGACCUCGACGACAGCAGCGAGGAGGAAAUGAGGAGUGAGGGGGAGGAAGAGGAGGAAGAUGAUGAUGAUGAGGAGGAAGAUGACGACGAGGAGGAGGAAGAAGAGGAGGAGGAGGAAGAAGAAGAAGUGCCAGGUCGAUCUCCUUUCCUUUUCAGCCCUGGUGAAGAAGAGGAGGAGGAUGACGAGGAGGAGGAAGAAUCUGAGGAAGAGAGAGCGUAUACAUGAGGAAAAUAUUUGUAUACACGACACUCUCAGAGCUGUUAAAGAACAUGAACUUUGACUGUGGCUGCAGCAGAUGCUCAGACUUCAACAUCAGCUGCCGAGUUGCAUCCGUGUUCUCGUUGGAUGGCUCAUGAACAGAAACGAACUCCAGCAGCAGCCACAUUUUGCCUCAAAGCUCCCCACUUGAUCCUCCUGAGCUUCGAUCCAGCUGGACUUGUAAAUCCAUUGGGAAUCUCCUGCUAAACCUGUGAAAAGUUCUGCUAAACAUUAUCCAGGUGCUUCAGAUUAAAUGUAGAAGAUAUUUACGGUAUACUGUGUGUACACACAAUAAUUUGAAUGUAUGACAAAAUACAGGAGUGAAACGUUGCAUGUCUGCAAUGCCUGAUGUUUUUAACCACUUUGAUAAAAGUCUUUAUAUGUGAGAUAUUUCCUACACAAACAUUUGUUUUAAAUGAGAAGUAUUAUCAGUUCAUAUAAAGCUUUAUCUGUGCUGAUCAAACAACCAGUGCAGAAAAAGAUGAAUGACAGACACAUCUUUGAAACCAAUUUCUUGACUUUAAUUAGCAUAAAUACAAAAAUGCACAUUCUAAAUAAUUUAUUAAAUUGGUGAUGUAGUGAUCAGAUGGAAAUGUAGACGCAUCAGACCAGUAACAAAUGACUUGAAGUCGUGUGGAGGAUUGUUUCAUAUUUUAGUUAAACAUUGCAAGCCAAAGAGGAAAAGGUUGUGUGAUUGUAUGGCUACUAUAACAAGUUUAUCUGCUUGGCAUGCUACUAGAAGAAAAACUUCAAUGUCUUAAUUAUAGGCCACAGAAUGAUUCUGUAGUGCUUUAAAAGCACUAAAUGCAAUGUUUAUAAACAUGUUGGAUGUUCCUUUGCACUGUUCAUACAUUAUUAAAAUAUUUUCAGGUGAUGUGAAAUUUUGCACUUUACUGAAACCUGAUAAUGUUUGAAUGUGAAAAGUUGAUUUAAUUUUGAUACGAUUAAUUAAAACAGCAUAUCAAUAAUAAAGCCCCUUGA